GCCCCUCCAGCUCAUAUCGGUCCAUUGGACGCCAGCUCGCUCUCUCUCCUGCAACUCAUCUCUCGACCUGCAUUCGCUGGCAAGCAAUUGAACUCGGCGACAAUGGACCGUUCAAACAAGCCCGCUGCCAUUCCAGUCACCUCCUCUCUCCCGCAACCGUCGGUCACCGUUCAGGACGGGAGGGUACAGGCCUCGCUGGCUUCGGGGGAAUCAGUCACAGUUCAUCUCUUUGGAGCCACAGUCACCUCAUGGAAGCUGGCCAACGGACACGAGCUACUGUUCCUGAGUGAAAAGGCCCAUCUGGACGGCUCAAAACCUAUUCGUGGUGGAAUUCCACUGGUCUUCCCCGUGUUUGGACCUCCUCCGCAGAAUCAUGCCACGUCCGCCCUUCCACAACACGGCUUCGUGCGUAAUUCCUCAUGGGAAUUGCUUGGUAAAUCUACAUCCGAGUCAGAGAGCGGAGCAAGCGUUAAGCUUGACUUUGGCCUCUCAAACUCUAUGCUUAGCGACAAGUUCAAAGGCGACUGGCCCUAUGAAUUUGGCUUGGUCUACAGCGUUACUUUGAGCAAACGAAGCCUGGAGACCUCGUUACGGGUACAGAACGAGGGCUUGAAAUCGUUUGAAUUUCAGACUCUGCUGCAUUCUUACUUUAAGGUCGAGGAUAUCUCCAAAAUUCGAGUCCAGAACCUUCAGUCGAAAACAUACGUUGAUAAAGUCCGGAACGCUGAGGCUUUCACAGAAUCAUCCCCGGCACUCGCAGUUGAAGGGGAGGUAGACCGGGUCUAUCAGUCUCUGGACCCCAAAGUGCCAAUAGUUAUAGCGUCGGAAUCUGACAAGCCAAUCUUCUCUAUUACCCGUGAGUCGCUGAAUGACGUCGUUGUGUGGAACCCGUGGAUUGAAAAGGCCAAGGGAAUGGCCGAUUUUGCUCCUGACGAGGCAUAUAAAAAUAUGAUCUGUGUUGAGGCGGGAUCGGUAGUCGGUUGGCAGACCCUUGAGCCGGGUGAUACCUGGGAAGGUGGACAGACAAUUGAGUGCAAAUUAUAGUGGUAGAGACGUGGCGCUGCUAUCUCGUAUAGCACAACUACGUCCUUCCUUGAUACAUCUCGCUCCAUCGCUUUUCUCUCUCCUUUCUUGAAAGAAAUGGCACCAGUGACAGGGGAUCUGGCGAUUUGGGCUUUCAUCCAGUUUUCUACAGGCCUAAUUAUAUUCCGAGCGCAUGAUGGGUCAAGGGCGGAGUUUUCUCCAAGGACGGUUACUGACGACAGGAUACCAUCAGCUUCAAAGAAUCUAUGCUAAUUGUCAAAUUUUCUGACUCUAGACUUCAAAUCAUUGUUUUUGCAGGGUGUAUAUUCCUCCUGAUAUGGCCCCCCAUCAAUCAUUAUAGGG